CGCCACUUUCCAAUCCUGCCAGGCUAUCCAAUCGCUUGUCGAGAUCAUCGCUUUUCUCAGGCGCUUGUGUCGAUCUGGGUUCCAAUUGGAGAGGGGGCCCAACCAUGGCGGAGAAAACUCAAAAGAGUGUGAAGAUUGCUCCUGGAGCAGUUGUGUGUGUAGAAAGUGAAAUCAGGGGCGAUGUAACUAUAGGACCUAGGACAGUGAUCCACCCUAAAGCACGAAUCAUUGCGGAGGCCGGACCCAUAGUGAUCGGCGAAGGUAACCUAAUAGAAGAACAGGCGCUGAUCAUAAAUGCUCACCCUGAUAAUAUCACCCCUGACACUGAGGAUGUGGAACCCAAGCCUAUGAUCAUUGGCACCAAUAACGUGUUUGAAGUUGGCUGUUAUUCCCAAGCCAUGAAAAUGGGAGAUAAUAAUGUUAUUGAAUCAAAAGCAUAUGUAGGCAGAAACGUAAUAUUGACAAGUGGUUGCAUCAUUGGGGCUUGUUGCAACCUAAAUACAUUUGAAGUCAUCCCUGAGAAUACAGUGAUCUAUGGUGUAGAUUGCCUUCGUCGGGUGCAGACUGAGCGACCGCAGCCCCAGACACUACAGCUGGAUUUCCUGAUGAAAAUCUUGCCAAACUAUCACCACUUAAAGAAGACUAUGAAAGGAAGCUCAACUCCAGUUAAAAACUAAGAACAAGCUGUGACAUCAAGAUAACAUUUUGUCUUUGACCACUGUCUUUUGAAAGGGCCACAGUGUUUAUGCCCUCUUAGCAGGUCACAGCAUAAUACAGGUUGAUUUUAUUUUGUGAAACAAACUUAGAAAGGAAACUGAUGGAUUUUCAUUGUAACUGUCCUCUAUAAUUUAAUUAAAAUGUAUUAUUUUCCUAUAUCCCUGUUCCUUUUCUGAUAAUUUACAGAUUUUGUUUCUUUUGUUAUAUAAAAUGUUAGCUACAAAUUUUAGUUACACAAAAGACUACCCGCAAUAAGAAACGACAUAUUGUUAUGUAUUUAUAUUCUGCCACAUACUAAACUAAAUAAAAAAUGUUGAUGACAGGA